AUGAACCAUCAAAGUCUGCCGAGGGAGGUGAAGGCCGAGUACUAUAGUAGGGAUCCCAUGAGGAAGGUCAAAUUCUUUAGCAGCUAUAGUUUGUACCAGUCAAGGUUUGCUGCUUGGAGGGAUAGCUUGUUUUGUGACAUGAUGGCUCCCGAGCCUCUCGAUCCCCAAGAAUUACCUUUGGUUUGCAGGGAUAUAACUAUGGAGUAUACGAAUGAAAUGCACAAAUUAGGUGUCACUUUGUUUGAAUUGCUAUCUGAGGCACUUGGACUCAAAUCUGACCAUCUUGAAGGUUUGGAUUGCGCAAAAGAAUAUCUCAUUGCUGCUCACUACUAUCCUCCAUGUCCUGAGCCUGAGCUCACAAUUGGAACAGCCAAACACUCGGACGGCACUUUCAUAACACUUCUUCUUCAAGAUCACAUCGGCGGACUUCAGGUUUUGUAUGAAAACCGGUGGAUUGAUGUUCUUCCUGUUCCUGGAUCUCUUAUAGUUAACAUUGGAAAUCUCAUGCAGAUAAUCUCAAAUGAUAAGUUUGUAAGCGUUGAUCAUAGAGUGGUGGCAAAGAAAGAAGGUCCAAGAUUAUCCGUGGGAUGUUUUUUCAAACAUACUGAUAAUUCAUCGAGGCUGUACGAGCCAAGCAAAGAGUUGAUAUCCAAAGAAAAUCCCCCGAUUUACCGAUCAAUCACUAUGAAAGAAUAUCUUGUGGAAUAUCAUAAAAACUCCCUAAAUGAGGUCUCUGCCCUAGAAUCUUUGAAGCUGUGA